UCGCUAAUUGCCUGCAAUCACGCUCCUACAAUCCAUCAUAAAUACCCAUCAUCAUCUGCACCUCCAUUUCUCCAUUCUUCCCCGCCGUUGACAAACUCUGAUCGUCUCCAUUUUCUCUCUCCUCAUUCGAAUUUCAUACACUUUUCCGAUUUCUUAAGAAAAUUUUGCAAAAAUGUUGGCAGUUUUCGACAAAUCCGUGGCACAAUGUCCAGAUGAAUUAAAGAGUCCAAACCCAGAAUCUGUUUUCGCAUUAAAAGAUGGAAAUCUGGCUCAACAUUUCUCAUCUGUUCAUCCUAAUGCUGUCACCAUUAAUCUUGCGCAAUCCGGGUUUAUUUCAUACUCUAGCGAUAAGCAGAACCCUCUUCUCCCUAGACUAUUUGCAGUUGUGGACGAUAUAUUGUGCUUGUUCCAGGGCCAUAUUGAGAAUUUUGCUCCACUGAAGCAGCAGUAUGGAUUGAGCAAAACAGGCAAUGAAGUAAACAUUAUCAUUGAAGCUUAUAGAUCUCUGAGGGAUAGAGGUCCUUAUCCUAUCGAGCAUGUCAUAAGAGAUAUCCAUGGCAAAUUUGCUUUCAUCCUUUACGACUGUGCUUCAAAGAACUCGUUUGUUGCUGCGGAUCCUGAUGGGAGUGUUCCUUUGUUCUGGGGAGCUGAUUCUGAAGGUCAUCUUGUCGUAUCUGAUGAUGCAGAGACUGUUAAGAAGGGAUGUGGCAAAUCCUUUGCUCCAUUUCCAAAAGGUUGCUUCUUUACAAGCUCUGGAGGUUUGAGGAGUUACGAACAUCCACGUAACGAGUUAAAGCCAGUGCCCAGAGUUGACAGUUCCGGUGAAGUCUGUGGUGCAAACUUUAAGGUUGAUGUAGAAGUUAAGAAGGAACCACUUGGUAUGUCCAGAGUUGGAAGUGCUGCGGACUGGUCUUCAAACUACUGAUAGACUGCUUUUGAUGGCAGGGGAUUUUGAUGCCUGACAAUAUUUCAAAAUCCCAUUACUUUACUGUUGAUGACUCUAUUUCAAGGGGCUUGAAACCCAUUUGUAACACCAGCUAUGGGGGUUACUUCUACUAUAUUAAACUAAAACUUCUAGCUGUAGAAUAUACGAGGAAAUAAUUGUUAACAGACAUACAGUUGCCUUUGCUUCUACAUGAAGUAGAAUAAAUUGCCCUGAAUCAUUAUGCUAGA